GUUGAAGUCACAUCUAUAGACUUGAAAUUCAAGGAUUCACAAGUGGACUAAAAUGUAAGCAAGGAAGUGUUUGUAGCUGUAACGAAGAACUCACAUCUAUAGACUUGAAAUUCAAGGAUUCACCAGUGGACUAAAAUGUUUGUAGUGUGCCUGUUGCUAUUGCCUUCUACAAGUUAGGGACCAGUGUAGGAAUCGUGUUGCAUGGUCCUAUUCCUAAAUGAAUUGAACAGAAAGACUUACUGUAUGAGAUGGAUCCCAAGUUGCUUUGUCGUUAUUGUUGACUAUGAAGUUUCCAUCUACUUCUUUAUGAGUGUGGUAGCCCAAUCUAUCUACCCAACUAUUUUCUAGGGGAAGGCAGAUCAAGUUCAUCAAUCCACAACACAUGUGGGUGUAUGAAGAAUUGGAGGAGAGCAAUUAAUAAUUUUGAGUUGUAGUUGUUUGAUAAUGAAGUGACAGAAUUUAUCACUCUGUCUAUGAGGUCCCCAUGCUGUAAAUGGGGCUUGACUUGUGGUCUGAAUUUCUUCUUUUUAACUGUUCCUUUGAGGCCAGUAACUAUUCAUGACACAAAAUAAACCCUGUCGUGGGUAGCUCAUUUGUUGUUACCACUUUCCUGGAAUGAUGAGAGUGUCAGUUGCUAGGCAUCCGAAGGUUUGAUACUGUCCAACUAUGUAGGUUCUGUUCGUAAAUGAAUUAAGGUUAUGUUACUGGCCUGAUUCCUUCCGAAUAUUUGUCCUAAUGUUGAUGAUUAUAGCUAAUGCUAUGCUAGGAACUUUUGUACCUUUUAUUUCUGUUCUGGAGUUUUGGUAUGUUAAAAAAGGAAGAUGCUAGUUUCCCUUUGAAAUCUAUGGUUCUGGUGCAAUUUAUAGCAGGAGUGCUGACUCAAAUGCUACUGUUGAUUGGAGAGGAGACGGAUUCUGUUUAGAUGGAGGCUGGUGGAGGAUUUUAUUGCCUGUGCUGCUGCGGUGAAUUUGUGGCUGGUGGUGGUGGUGGGGAUGCUGUGUUGUGACCAUUCGGGUGGCAUGUGCCAAGUGUUAUUGUCUUGGCCAGAACGGGAAGGGGGAAGAUCCACUUGAAGACCUCUGACAAAUUUAAUUCCACUUGUUUGCUUGAUGGGAAAGUAGAUUAAUCACCUCGUCUGAAAGUGACAUCCUUUUUUUCUGGGCCGAAGGGCACCUUUUAUUUCGUGUUUGUUUUCAUCAUCUUCAUUUCUGUGGUACCUGGAGCCCUCUUUAAAAAUCAGGGGAAGAGAGGUUGGUAAUCUGUUUUCCUUGAAGGGAACAUCAGAAGUUUCUCUUUAAAAACUGUUGUAUCUCCAUUCUCAACUCUGGGUUUUGGAAGGUGAAACAACUGCAAACCUAAAGACUGAGCUGUGGUUUCCAACCUGCAAAGGGGCCUUCAGCGUUUCCAGCCUUCUGUCCUUUUACUGCUUCAUUCCAGCUUGCCGUAAUUAGCUAUUUUGAACUCUGAAUGCUAGAUAUUGGAGUAGAUGUAUCUAUGAAGGCAACUGUAAAUGAGACAUACUGAUAGAACCACAAUAUUUCUCUCGUUCUGUGACGACUACUUCUGUUGUUAUGGAGUGGAAUUUGAAGGCUGCAUCGGAUUGGGACUGGGAUAACAUAACUGGGUUUAGCUCCAAGACAUGUGGCACUGAGAAACAAGUAAAGCACUUCUUAACCCAUGAUGAUGCUGAAGAAGGACUUGGAGGAAUCAAUAGUGGAUACAUCUACUCACCUGGAUGUGGUGGUGGUUUUUCAGGCUCUGAUUCAGGACAUGGCUCUUCAUCUAAGAGCUCUGGGGAAGGACUUCCUGACUAUAUCAGUAAGAAACAUUUGAGCAUCGUGGGAAAUGUUGAGAAUGUUUCGACCAUGGAUGCUUCUGCCAGCUCUGGGGAACAAGUAAUUGGUUUGAAGCUUGGUAAACGAACGUACUUUGAAGAUGUAUGCGCGCCUGGAAAUGGCAAGUCAUCAUCUUCAUCUGCUUCCGUGAUUGCUAGCUCAUCUGUUGCUGCUGGAAAGAGAACUAGGGCCCCGUGUCAGAGUUUACAAUCACCAUGCUGUCAAGUUGAAGGAUGCAACCUUGACCUCAAGUCAGCUAAAGAUUACCAUCGGAGGCAUAGAAUAUGCGAGAAUCACUCAAAAAGUCCCAAGGUUAUUGUUGCUGGCCUGGAACGCCGGUUUUGCCAGCAGUGCAGCAGGUUCCAUGAGUUGUCAGAAUUUGAUGACAAGAAGCGAAGCUGUCGUAGACGUCUGUCCGAUCACAAUGCACGUCGUCGCAGGCCGCAGCCAGAGGCACUCCAAUUCGGUUCAACUCUGUCUGCAUCGAUAUAUGAUAAUAGACGGCAGAUGAACGUUAUGUGGAAUAGGGUUCCUUUACCAGCUAAAAGUUUCACCUGGCCAACCAGCUGUGGGCUUAAAUUCACACAAGAAGGAGAUCCUUUCCAUAGAUAUGCGAAAACAGAAGGCAUGAGUAGGCAGAUGAGUGAUUUGUCUAAUGAAUUGAAUGACUCAACUUCUGCCUUGCCAAUGAUCUCAGACAAGUGUCUGUCUUUCAGGAGCAGUACACCUCAGAUCUUUAAUCAAGGUUUCGAGGGGUCUGCAGUAACUUGCAACCAAGAGAUGAACCCUGAGUUAGGGGGUGCUCUCUCUCUUCUGUCAACCACUUCCUCCUGGGGUAUGAAUGAGCCUCCUGAUUCAGCGCCGUUCGACCAGCUUAUGCUCGUGAACGAAACAAGUGCGGGCCAGACGAUGAUGCACGCAGAACCGCAGAGCUGGUCGCUCUCAUCAUCAGAAAAUGCGCCAAUGGAGUCCCGGGUGAAUUCGUUCGAUUUACAAGACAAUGAAAGCAUCAGUUUCCAGCAGUUCCAGCCGUUCAAAACACCUUAUCACUCCAACUGCUUCUACUCUGAUCAGAUGGACUAAGCUAUUGGAAACUGAUGCUUAGUAUGCUGAUCCAUGCUAUGAAUUUGUUGAUUCCGGUGCUGCGUUGUUAACUGGUUUUCUAAGCAAGCCAAAAACCAGUUGCCCUUCUCCCUAUCCUCACUCGUAGUCAAUUGUUAAUUGCUGUUGAACUCAGAUUUUACUUUCGUUGCAAACGUUUGGUUGAGCAGGCUUAGAAUCCUCUGGUUUGACGUCAAUUGUUUAGGUGAAUGAAUGUUGGGUUCACUUCUUGAUCAUGGGAUGUGGGAUGGUUAGUGUUCCUAGCAAGUUGCGACUUUAUCCAAUGUGGUUCCUGGAUUUGGCGAAAUGAAUAAAAUUUCAAAGACAAUCAACGAUGUUAAUGACUUCUGUAUCA